GGCAAAGAGGUGAAAGAGCGGGGCACCAGAUUUCAUGGCCGUGGGUGCUUGUCACCCACCUGACCCCCAGUGAGGAGUGUGCAGUGCCCAGAGCUGGUGGGAAGAGCCGGUGAUAGGCUGUGGCAACCAGCACCAGGCAAACAGUGUCAGUGGAGCGAACACGCCACCUCAACCAGAGGAGCCGCCUGAGGUGGCCGAGGAAAGUGGAGCACCGACGGAGGCUGCAGGGGACCGACGUCAGAUACAAGCCUCACCUUUCCUUAACCCGAGACCCCAGUUCCAGAGUUCUUGAAGCCCGUGGGAUGGGGGAGCGGAGGUAAGACCCGAGAGGGAUCGGGCAGUAGAUCCGAUAGGCGGCGGAAAUCCGGAGCGGUCACAGCUGGAGCGCAGCCCUGAAGUCCCCAAGGCGUCCCAGCUGUGAAUCCCACCCCGGGAGAGACGGAGCCGACUCAGGCUAAAAGGCGUCUGGAAAACUGAGAAGCAUGCGCCUAUUUGUUCCAGCUACUGGUUGUUCCGAGUCUCCAGCGUCCCGUGCGGUGGCGGGAAGACCUCACAUCAACUAGAGAAGCCAGUUCAGCCGGCGUAAGCCGAGGGACCCCUGCUCCCGGCACCGAAGGCUCCCCAGCCACGGAGCGCACGCUCGCUGCCCAGAGUGACUUCCUAACUCAUCGCUGCCCUACCCGGCAGCCGCAGCAGGGGCGGAUGGAGAAUCGCACAGGGUCCCCUGAACGCGCCAACUCGUCUGGCCUGGGCACCAUGCCUCGGCCUCCACUGGCUGUGCAAACAGCGACUCUGAUUCUGGUGCCCCUUGUGUGCGCCCUCGGUGUGGCGGGCAACGUCAUGGUGAUCCUGGUAGUGGUCCGGAGCCGCCAUAUGGUCACACCGACCAACUGCUACCUGGUGAGCCUAGCCUCAGCAGACCUGCUGGUGCUUCUCGCGGCGGGAGUGCCCACUGUGGCUGAGGCGGCGUCCGCCCACGUUUGGGUUUUCGGCCACGCAGGCUGCCUGGGCAUCACCUACCUGCAGUACGUGGGCAUCAACGCCUCCACCGGCUCCAUCGCGGCGUUCACGGUGGAGCGCUACCUCGCCAUCUGCCAUCCUCUGCGAGCCCAGGCGCUGUGCACCGUGGCGCGGGCCAAGCGCACCGCGGCAUUGGUGUGGCUGGGCACUGGCGCCUACUGCGUGCUCUGGCUCUUCCUGGUGGACACGCGCGAGGCAGUGUACGCUGACGGUGUGCAAGUUCAGUGCGGCUACCGAGUGUCGCGCUCUCUCUACCUGCCAGUCUAUUUCCUGGAUUUCACUGUCUUCUACGUCCUGCCUCUGGGCCUGGCCACUGUGCUCUACGCACUCAUAGCGCGUGGCCUCUUGGCCCGGCCGCUGCCUCCUGGCUACUCCGGGCGCGCGGGCUCUGCGCACCAGGGCGGCCCCACCUGCAGAGCAAGCCUCCUGUCCAAGGGCAGGAAGGGCGCCCUGGGCUCUCGGAAGCAGGUCACCAAGAUGCUGGUGGUGGUGGUGGUCCUUUUUGCUCUGCUGUGGCUGCCCUAUCGCACCCUGGUGGUGGUGAAUUCCUUCCUGAGCCCACCCUACCUCGACCUGGGCUUCCUUCUCUUCUGCCGCCUUUGCAUCUACCUGAACAGCGCCGUCAACCCCAUCGUCUACGCCCUCAUGUCCCAGCGCUUCCGCCAGGCCUUCCGCGGACUACUGCAGUGCCAGCUGGCCCCGCCCUGCCUCCGGCCCCAGGAGGAUGCCACCAUUCACAGGGUCAGUAAAGAGUGUUCCCAGCUCAGGUUGGGCUCCUAGGAGGAAUCUAGGAUUAUGCUGGUCAGACAGGCAGGGCACCCUGGGCUGUCAGGAUUAUUCCUACUGGAAUACAAAGUCUCUGUGCACUUGGGGAGAGAACGGCUGGGGAGGAGGGAGCCUGUCCAGAGCAGCUUGCAGGGGGUCCCGGUUCAUUCAGCCUAGAUUCAAAUACUUAGCAAGACUAUUGACCAUUUGAAUAAGUUUGAAAAUCUAAGAGGGGGAUACAUCUUUAUAAAUGACACAAAAGCACUGUACGGUCUCAUGGCAGCCCAGGCGGGAUUUGAGUAAGAUUUUGACUAAGGUCUCCAAAUUGUGGAGCUAUAGGUGCGAGGAGUGGCCAGGAAUCUCCUUGGAAUCUACAGGUCCUCUGCCUGGGAAUCCAGGGAGUUCUGUUUGCCAAGAUAAAUAUCAAAUGUUACCUCCCCCUGAAAGGUGACAUGGGCUACCGUGUUCUAACAGCUGGCUCAGGGUUCAGUGCUGGCAAUAGAAGUUUCCCCAGCAGCUACUGUGCAGGUGCAAAAGGUAGCAAGACUUCGUGAGCCUUUCUCCCUGCCCAGGACACAGAGGCAAAAGCCAGAAACAUGACCGAGUAGGAAAACACAGUCUUUAUAAGUGGAGUCUUAAAAACAAAGCUAAUAUGUAGACAUGACUUGUUAUAUUCUGAUGAAAAGCUAUGUGUUAGUCAGCAUAGGUUAGGUUUAGGUGCAGUGACAAGUGACCCCCCUAAAUUAGAGAAUUAACACAAAAGUUUCUUGCUUGCUCACAUAAUGUGGUCUUUCAAGGUCAGCUGUCUUUCAUUUUGUGUCCUCAAGUUCUGAGUCACUUCAGUCUCAUAGGACCAAUUCCUCAAUAUGUGCUUCUGUGAUCCUCACAGUAGAAGAAGAGAGUAUGAACGGAUCUCAGACUGGCAGUUGAGUGCUUUAAUCAGUAAGUGACACCUGUCACUUCAGUUGGGAGCCAAUAACAUGACUGUCUAAUUGCAAAGCAGCAGAGCAUCCUGUGAUCCCAAAAGUUAACAAGAACUGGCUCUGGGUGAACUAGCAUUCUUCGCCACACCGUGGAUGCAAUACCAGAGAAUGACGGUGGACAAAUGGUACUCUUCUGUUUGUUGCUUCCAAACAAUGGAAGAGCAGGCCCCCUUCCUAAAGCCCACUGGCCCACCAUUAGCAUCUGACUGUAGUCCUAGGUGAACAACCAAAACUGUGAACCUAGCCCUUUCUUGAAGCAGAGACUCCUCAGAAACUGUCCACAUUUCAAAGGAUGUUGAGACUCCCUUAAGGACAGUGGGAGCUGUCAAUCAAACUGAGUUCUGAGUUGCUGCCUGGGAGUGAGAUGUCUGAGGUCAUUUCCUUGGGAGACUAUGCCACUGCUGCCUUCCCCAUGCCUGUGGGUCCCCACACAUGUCAGACACAGACAUGAUGUCAGCGCCUGAGGGGACUCAAGAUCAGGAAAGAAUCAGGGGCAGCCCGGACAGCACAGAGUCCCACCAAGUAAAUGCCUAGGGACUCUGAGACCCCGGGGCUGAGUCCCAGCUCUGUCGUUAACCUACUGCGUGACCUGGGACCUGUCAGCCAUGUUCUCCCAGCCUCAGUUUCCCCAUCUGGAGACAGAAGUAGUAGAGGUUUGUCCAGUCCUAACACUCUCUCAGGCUGUUCUUCUGGUGAAGACUACAGCCCCCUUGUGAACUUCAAAGACCCAGACACCUACUUUACAGUUAACCCCAUGUGGGUAACCCUGCUGGGAGACUCCCCGGACAGAAUUUUCUGGGAUGGUCACUGAGCCUUCAUCUUCCCCUCUGCCCACUGCUAGCUCUGUCUUCCCAUUGACUCUGACUCCAUCAUGUUGUCAUGGUGAUGGGAGGGAGCACCAGCCUUCUCCAGGUCCCUGUCUCUGAAUUGAGAGGAACAAGGCACCCAGAGGUCCUGCUUUUAGUGUCCUGUGGAAUUCAUUCUCCUACAUCCAGUCUUAAUAGACUUUGGUCCAUUAAGAGGCUGAUCCCAGAACCCCAGUGUUCAGAGUGGACCAGGGGAGGUGAAUAUAAAGGUCUCUUGCACAUCCUCCCAGCCCUAGCACCAUCUGCCCUCUGUCCUGGGUGUCGCCAAGAGAGGCCUCUAGUGGGAUUUGUGCUUCACUCCCAUCCAGGGGAGGAGAGAAGUUGUUGAAAUCUGAUGCCUUAAAAAGGGGUCUGAUUUUCAGAUGGUUUGGAGACAGAGAGAUUUAAAGACACGAGCUUCAUCCCUCUGAUUUGGUGGGGUUUGAAUCUAGCCACCUCUUGAGGUCUCGACAAUCCUUCUAAGUCCCUGAAUUCGUUUGCUGAGGCACUGUACAGUGUCUUGAAUGCUCUAUGUCCUGCUCCUUCAUCACAGAUGGUGGAGAGUAACCUCACUGGGCAUGAGGGGUUAGGGGGACAGAGAAGAGCCUCCGGUGAGAUCCCUGGGGCCUCUCCAGGGAGAUUCGACUUCGGAGCAUGAGCUGGGACACUUCACUUGCAGCCAUGUCGUCUGUGGACUCUGUGACACAGCCAGGCCCUGGAGGCAGUGACCCCGGGAGCCUCUUGGGUCUGUGGCCACACAGGCCGCCAGGUGCAGCCCAACGGACCCCAAAGCUGGCAGCAGUAGGUCCGAGUUCAAACUUUGCACCAAACUGGCCCCUGUUUUCUGAAGGGAAAAAAGUCUUGCCCUGCCUGUUUCACCAGAGCAUUGUGACUUCGGGACGACACUCAACAGUCCACGGGUCUAACGAGGACCGUGGAAAUCCUCAAGCACUGAUUGUCCUGUGUGUCCGGAGGGUUGCACUGGCCGGUCAUCUCACAUGUCCCUCACAACCCAAAGGAGAGGCGCUAUCUGCACCCGCAUGUUACAGAUGAGAAAACAGAGCCCCGAAACACGAAGUGGCUCUCUGACUGUCAUGUCAGGUAAACCUGUGGAGUCAGGACUGGGGCUCCAGGUCCCUCUGAUUCUAGUCUGGAUUCUUAACACCACGUGUACUCUGCUCUUUCUCUAAAGUAGAAGCUGAAACUGUGUGUCUCUUUAAAAAUGAAAUUGCACAUAGAAACCCGGUAUAAAAAUCAAAAGGGAAGUUCUUGUCCAAGAGGGAAGGGCGGUGGAUCCCUAGCCCUCUGCUUCCCUGCUGCGGGGGAGUGUGUUUACUUCCCCAGCAUCCACACUCCCCUUUCCAGUGAAGCAAUUGGGUGGAACUGAUCCACCGCCUCCAGGGGCGGGGCCUGAUUGGUCUUAGCCAACCUGGGUGACCUCCUGCCUUUGACUGACAGAUCAGGGCAAUGCUAGGCCCACGACCCAGGCUGAGCCAGCAGCACAUUCCCCUGACCUUGUGACUGGCUCCCGACUUUGGUUUGCUAUUGAUUGAAUCAACAUGCUCCUUAUUCCCAAAUGAAAGCGAGGCCUGGAUGCUUCCGGAAACCAUCUUUCAACCUUAAGAAAUACCACUGAGGAGAAAACCAAUGCACAGAGAGAGAGAGAGAGAGAGAGAGAGAGACAGACAGACAGACAGAGACAGAGACAGAAACCAGAGAAUUCAAAGGAAUCAGAACCAGACUUCACCAUACUCUGAUGUCCCUGUAUUGGUUUGAUAUGUUGGUUGAAAAAACAAACAAACAACAACAACAACAACAACAAAACGGCUA